AUGCGUCAUCAGAUAUUGGCGAGAGCCUUCUUCGGUUGGCUAUCGUACUGUAGACACUUACGAACGAUAAGAAAUCACCUUAUGUACUUGGUCGAUACGAAAGAAAUGCUCGGCGAGGAGGACGCUCUGCCCGUUGACGAGGAAUUUUGGAGAAGAUGUCGGUCUGAGAAAACGACUGAACUGGAAGAGGAGUUCUUCCUAAGAGUCUACUGGAAAGGGAUUGAGGGUACGGCCACCAAAGAACUUCGUCGGCAGGCUUGGCCAUAUCUCCUGAAGCUAUUCAGUUGGGAUGAGGAACCUGAACCAAAAAUGACCGAAUUUACAGCGAAGUACAGAGAAGAUGUUGAGAACUGGAGAGUGCUUGAAGCAGAAGUUCGCCGUCAAGAUGAGGAAGACUUUCUGGCCGCCCGACAUCGAAGGUUUCCCAUGCCGGAACGCGAAUGUUCGCUGACCAGUGAGGUGUUUGAAGAUGAAAUGCCUGAGAAUGGAUUAGUGGUGAGACCAAGUUGCCAUGAAUAUUUCAGGAAGAUGUACAGUGUGUCGUUCGAAGUUAAAAGCUCGAUUGAUAUCGAUUGCAUCAAACCACACCAUUAG